AUGGUUCAGCAGGAUACCGAUGGAACUUACAAAUGGGCUCCACCUUCAAAUAGUUAUAUGGCAAAGUAUAAACGUGCUGCUAUAACAAGCGAUCAUGGUAUAUGUUCUGAUUUUGGAAGGGGUAUUCUAUUAAAAGGUGGUAACGCAAUUGAUGCAACUUUAGCAUCACUGUUUUGUCUUGGUGCGACAAAUCCUCAAAGCAGUGGCCUUGGUGGCGGAUUUAUUAUGACCAUUUAUAAUAGCACAACGAAAAGAUGUAAUAUAAUUGAUGCGCGUGAAACAGCACCUAAAAAUUCUCAUCAAAAUAUGUUUACCAAUAAUCCAAAUGCAUCUAAAUAUGGUUUCCUUGCAAUAGCAACACCAGGUGAAUUAUAUGGUUAUUGGUUAGCAUAUACUAAAUAUGGCAGUGGUAAUGUCACAUGGUCAGAAAUAAUUCAACCUACGAUUGAUCUCUGUAAAAAUGGUGUACCUGUUUCCGAAUUUCUUGCAAAUGUAUUAAAAGUCAAAGAAAAACAAUUCAAAACAUUACCUUAUAUGAGAAAUUGGAUAAAUAAUGCAACGGAUCGAGUUUAUAUUGCUGGUGAUUUAAUAAAACGAACCAAAUUAGCCAGAACACUCGAAAGAAUUUCUCGAAGUUCAGAUCCAGUUGAAUUGUUUUAUCGCGGUGAUAUGGCUAAUACUAUAAUUAAAGAAAUUCAAGCUAAUGGAGGUAUUUUAAACAAAGAAGAUUUGAUGAAUUUCAAACCCGUUGAACAUGAUGAAGCAUUAAUUAAUGAUCAUUUCUCAGGCAGUUUAGUUAUGUGUGGACCACCACCACCAUCAUCAUUUGCUGUUUCGCAGCUUAUCGUCUCUAUUAUGGCUAAAUUUUAUUCGCCCGAGUCGAACAAAGAUUUACUCUAUAAAUCUCCCGAAUUUUAUCAUCGCUUAAUUGAAGCAGAAAAAUUUUCUUAUGCUAAACGAACUCUACUUGGCGACGAAUUAUUUGUAAAAGAAGCAAGUGCGCUUGCAAAAAAUAUGACGACAAAAUUGUAUACGGAUUGGAUUUAUGCUCUCAUAUCUGAUAAAGCACAUCCAUCUGAUUAUUACGGGGCCAUGCACCAAGCUCAGAAAGAAGAUCACGGUACGUCUCAUGUUUCAACUUUAGAUGCGCAAGAUAAUGCCGUUUCUGCGACGAGCACAGUCAAUCGGUGGUUUGGAUCAAGUACAGAAUCCGAAGAACUGGGAAUUAUUUGGAAUGAUGAAAUGGAUGAUUUUUCUACACCAGGAAUGAUUAAUGGUUUUGGUUUUGCACCUUCUAAGACGAAUUUCAUUAAGCCAGGAAAGAAACCAAUGAGUAGUAUGAGUCCAAUGGUUAUAUAUGAUUCAAUAACCGGUAAAGUUAAAAUGGUGAUUGGUGCAUCAGGUGGUUCAAAAAUAAUUUCUGCAAUUGCCAAACCAGUUAUACGAACAUUAUUUUUCAAUGAAACAAUUAAAGAAGCAAUUGAUGCGCCUCUAUUACAUAAUCAAUUUACGCCUGAUUUUACACAAUAUGAAAAUCAUGUUCCUCAAGAACUUAUGAAGAUUUUAGUUUCGAAAUAUAAUCAAAAAUUUCGAUUAACAAGUGGAUUUGAAGGAAUUGUUCAGGCAAUAUAUGUCGAUUCUAAUGAUGAUAUCUAUGUAAAUGGUGAUUUUCGACGAAAAACUGAUAUGCAUCCGGGUGGCUAUUAA